CAGAUAACUCUCGUCGCCGCCGCCGUGUGAUCUUCGGAAGGGCCUCCUUUCACCGUCAGCCUCUCCCUCUCAAUCCUAAAUCUAAAUGCAUUUAUAUCAUCGAUGAUCGUUCUAUCGUCAAUGGCAGUUCUUCCGGUACUAAGAUCAUGCAACCACCACCACCACCACCAUAGCAUACCAAAAAUCACACAUGCCGCCACCAAUAUCACUAUCGCCAGAGAUUUAAAGAGGAAAGUGCUGAAGCACAAUUCAUUGAAAAGCAACGAAGAAUCAUCUCCGAAAUCACGACUUCGAUUGAGAUUCAAAUGCCGAUUAUCGAAUGCUUCAACCUACUCUUCCAGAAUUGCUACCGAUAUAUAUCUCUACGAAUCGCCUGACGCUUCGUUCGAUCAAUAUUUGGAGGAUAAGCCUAGAGUUUUCAAAGCAAUCGUCCCUGACAAGCGUAGAAGCCAACAACUCGAUGAAGGUUUUUAUGAAAAUAGCCGCUCUACUCUUGAGGAAGAAUGGAGAGUACAUAUGCUACCAAUACAAUUUCUUUUCUUGACUUGUAAUCCGGUGAUCGACAUACGAUUGAGAUGUAAAUCAAAUGGAUACGAUUACCCGACCGGAGUGCCAUCCCAUGUCACCAAAGUUCUUGAUCUCGACAUAGUAAGGUGGGAGCUUCAAGGGCUAGAAGACGUUUUGAAGCCGUCUGAAUUCACCCUCGGUGUCAAAGGGGCUUUGUACCCUUAUCGACAAGGAAACCUAAGUCGACUUAGAGGUCAAUUGACCAUGAGCAUAACAUUUGAAUUACCUCCGGUGCUUUCUUUGAUCCCAGAGGAUGUUCGUCGAGAUGUUGCACAAACGGUGUUGAAGCGAUUGGUGGAAAACAUGAAGGAGAAAGUGAAUGGUAGCUUGCUUGCCGAUUAUACCAAAUUCAAGAACGAACAAACAAGGAAAUUAGUUUGAGGUUUCACAGUUUUUUUUAAUGUUGCUGAUUGAUUCAGCCAUUUUUUCUGAAUAGAAAAGACAAGUCGUGUAUAAAAAAGAAGCCUGUAAAAAUGCUUAUAAUAGAGUUUAAUAAGCUCCGGUGCUCCACUCAUUCUUUUACCCAA